UGAAACUGUGUUUAUACCUGCCCACUUUUCCGUACAGGGAGACUGUUUUGUGUCUGGACAUCAUGGUGUGGGAGGUAGUGACUCCAACUGUGCUGUCAGGUCACUCUAAAUGUCACCAAGUGCCGGAGCCCGAGCCUCAGGCUGAGGACACAGAAAUGAUGAUGGAUGCAGAUGGAGACCAAUCGCAUGAUUCGCUGCGCUGUGACGAACACUUCCCCUCCUCACCCGGAUUCCCCACCAGUGACAGUUACAUGGAAUAUGAUGACCUCCCAGAUCUACAGGAAGUUCGAGAGGAGACAGAGUCAACAGCACCACCUGUGUACCAGGUGGAGUUGGGUGUGUCACACCAGGAACGAAACAUACAGACACACAGACCAGAGCCUCCGGACACACGCUGGCUGACACAGCUAGCACACAUUGCCACUGGACCUCAGAGUCCACUGCUACAGGAGCCUCCUGACAGCAGUUCUUCUUCAGUCUGCAUCCCGAGCAGCAGCAGUGAUCUACAUUCCUACGCUCGGCCUCCUCCUCCUCUCCCCAGCAGCACCCUGUCGUCCCUCAGAGGUCAUGGCAGGGAGCGUCAGCGCUGCAGGACAAACAGUGAAUGUGGCUCUGCAGUAUCCACCAGAUCUUCUCUGUCUGAUGAUGAAGACAUGGGCUGGAGUUUUUCCUGCCCACCCACUGCCUGGCACUGUUUUCUCAAGGGAACUCGUCUGCAUUUCCACAGCAGCUCAAAAAUAGAGUGGCGGGAAGCUGAGGACUUGGAGUCUGCUGAGGAAGACUCUGCUGAUGAGAAGCAGUCUAGAUUUCUAAAGAGUUAUGGCUCUGAGGGUCUGCAACUGGUGGAGCAUGCAGAGAUUGUGUUGUCUGGUCAGGCUGUUCUACAACUGACCUUUGACCCCGGCACAUUUGGAUAUAUCCCCCUGACUGCCCGCUGCCAACUCGAUCACCCCUUCUAUGUCAAAAACAAAGGCUGGUCAUCCUUUUACCCCAGCUUGACUGUGGUGCAUUAUGGGAUACCAUGUUAUGAAAUGGAAGUGGGAGAUGUUUGCCUGCCUCCGGGACACAGAGACGCCAAGCACACAGAGGAUUCUCCAGUCUUUGACACAUUUAAAAGCUAUGAUUUCACUCCUCUGGACUCCUCGGCGGUUUACGUAUUGAGCAGUAUGGCGAGAAGGCGACGUGCUUCCCAGUCCAGCAGGGGAGCUGUUUCUCCAGACAGAGACGUGCUUCAAGAUGUGCACAGUCCCAGCCAUUCCCACGCCACUCAGCAAAAGCCCCCCAAAAACCAGCUGCUCAGUACACAGGGAGGCAGCAGCGCCACACCCACUAAGUGCAAGCGGCCAAUGAAUGCAUUCAUGCUGUUUGCCAAGAAGUUCAGAGUGGAGUACACGCAAAUGUACCCGGGCAAAGACAACAGAGCCAUCAGCGUCCUCCUCGGUGAGCGGUGGAAGAAAAUGCGAAGUGAGGAGCGUCGCGUGUUCACCCUGCAGGCCAAAGCACUCGCAGACGAGCAGAAAAGACUCAACCCAGACUGCUGGAAACGGAAACGAACCAACUCUGGCUGUCAAGGAAAUUAAGGCUACAGAGAAGAAAAGAGGACAACUGACAGAGCCUGUUGGAGUGUACACACACACACACACACACACAUACACACACUCACAUACACACA